AUGGCAUGUGUUGAGUUUGAGCACCUCAUUGUUGUGAGCAUCUACAGACCCCCAUGUUGUACAUAUGAUACUUUUGAAAACAUUAUGGAGAAAGUUUUUGCUAAGCUUAAUAAACAGAAUAAAUCUGUUGUAAUAUGUGGAGACUUUAAUAUCAAUCUCCUAGAAGCUUCCUCCAUCAAUAUUAAAUUUAGAUCAUUGUUUAAAUCAUAUGGUCUUUUUAAUUUAUUUAUAGAGCCAACGCGUAUUUCUCAAUCUAGUUCAACAUGUAUAGAUAACAUUUUUACAAAUGUGAAGCCGUUGCAUAAAUGUAUAAUUCAAAAAUUAAGUUCUGAUCACUGUGGACAAGUAGUUUCGUUACCUUAUGUUCACAAAAAGCAAGUAGAUGAGAAAGUUGUGUCUGUUCCAGUAAAUGCACGUCGCUUGGAGAAAUUUAGAAGUAACAUAGUGAAAAAACUUCCAUCACUUUCAUACCAAAAUGAUCCUAAUUUUUUGUAUGGAACAUUAUUUAAGCUUAUUUGCAAUGAAUUUAAUAAUACUUUUACUUCUAAAACAUUCUCCUUGAACAGUCGGAAGUCAUUCAAUGAAUGGGCGACAGUAGGUGUCCAUAAGAGCCGGCAUAGGUUAUAUGAUCUUUACCAUGAAAGGUCAUAUAAUCAUAGCGUCGAAUUUAGGGAAUAUGUAAAAAAAAUAUUCAAAAAUAUUUAA